AUGGAAGGUGUGCAAAGCAGACAAACCGAACAAGCCCCACAAGACAGCACCGUAAUCUCCGGGUGUCGGCAAGCGCACACGAUUCAAGGCUUGUUCCUGACCAAUGCCCCCUCCCACCAGCACCUCCUUACAUCUCAGUCCCCAGAUGGUGUCGUCUUGGUGGACCCGGAGUACUUAAAGGAGCGGAAAGUUUUCGUGACGUUGACCUGCGCUUUCCGCUACGGCCGCGAGGAUCUGGACGUCCUGGGCCUCACCUUCCGCAAAGACCUCUUCGUCUCCAAUGUCCAAGCUUUCCCUCCAGUGGCUGAAGAGAAGAAGCCCCUGACGAGACUGCAGGAACGGCUGGUGAAGAAACUGGGGGAGCAGGCGUACCCCUUUACUUUUGAGAUCCCUCCCAAUCUCCCCUGCUCCGUGACGCUGCAGCCCGGCCCAGAGGACACUGGAAAGGCUUGCGGGGUGGACUAUGAGGUCAAAGCCUUCUGCGCUGAGAAUUUGGAGGAGAAGAUCCACAAGAGGAACUCUGUGCGCCUGGUCAUCCGCAAAGUCCAGUAUGCGCCCGAGCGGCCCGGCCCGCAGCCCAUGGCUGAGACCACCAGGCAAUUCCUCAUGUCCGACAAGCCCCUCCAUUUAGAAGCAUCACUGGAUAAAGAGAUCUAUUACCAUGGAGAACCCAUCAACGUUAACGUCCAUGUGACCAACAACACCAACAAGAUGGUCAAGAAAAUUAAAAUCUCAGUUCGCCAGUAUGCAGACAUCUGCCUGUUCAACACUGCCCAGUAUAAGUGCCCGGUCGCCGUGGAGGAAACUGACGAUGUGGUGGCCCCCAGCUCCACCUUCUGCAAAGUCUACACCCUGACGCCUUUCCUGGCCAACAACCGGGAAAAACGUGGACUGGCUUUGGACGGAAAGCUGAAACACGAAGACACCAAUUUGGCUUCCAGUACCCUGUUGAGAGAAGGCGCCAACAAGGAAGUUCUGGGCAUUAUCGUCUCCUACAAAGUGAAAGCCAAGCUGGUGGUCUCGCGAGGAGGCGAUGUGGCUGUGGAGCUGCCGUUCACCCUGAUGCAUCCCAAGCCCAAGGAAGAGUUGUUGUACCGAGAAGUGCCCGAAAAUGAAGCUCCCAUCGACACAAAUCUCAUAGAACUCGACACGAAGUAA